AUGGGCAACCAGGUGGAGAAGCUAACCCACCUAAGUUACAAGGAAGUUCCCACCGCCGAUCCGACCGGCAUGGACCGGGACGAUGGGCCCCGGAUCGGGGUCUCCUACAUCUUCUCCAAUGAUGACGAGGACGUGGAGCCCCAGCCGCCGCUGCCCCAGGUCCCGGAUGGCAGCUGCUUGCCCGAUGGUGAGGACGGCCAACCGCCGCAGCUGCCGCAACCGUACGAUCCUCGGCUGCACGAGGUGGAGUGCUCGGUGUUUUACCGCGACGAGUGCAUCUACCAGAAGAGCUUUGCACCCGGUUCGGCGGUGCUGAGCACCUACACGCCGGAGAACCUGCUCAACAAGUGCAAGCCAGGUGACCUGGUGGAGUUUGUGUCGCAGGCUCAGUACCCGCACUGGGCAGUCUACGUGGGCAACUUCCAGGUGGUGCACUUGCACAGGCUGGAGGUGAGCAACAGCUUCCUAACUGAUGCGAGUCAGGGCCGGCGUGGCCGCGUGGUCAACGAGCUGUAUCGCUACAAGCCGCUGAGCCCCAGUGCGGUGGUGCGCAACGCGCUGGCGCAUGUGGGCGCCAAGGAGCGCGAGCUGAGCUGGCGCAACUCUGAGAGCUUCGCCGCCUGGUGCCGCUACGGCAAGCGCGAGUUCAAGAUCGGAGGUGAGCUGCGGAUAGGCAAGCAGCCCUACAGGCUGCAGAUCCAGCUGUCAGCACAGCGCAGCCACACGCUGGAAUUCCAGAGCCUGGAGGACCUCAUCAUGGAGAAACGACGCAAUGACCAGAUUGGGCGCGUGGCCGUGCUGCAGGAGCUGGCCAUGCACCUGCACCCAGCGGAACCAGAAGAGGGCGACAGCGAUGCUGCGAGGACUACGCCAUCCCAGGGGCGCCCCCCAGCGCCGGCUUCUGAGGCUGUGGAGCACUGA